AUUACUUUAAACAAGAAAGGCUUCAAGUAUGCAAUCGCCUGGAACCGAACAAGUAUGAAAAUCGUCGGUCUUUGGCCUGAACCCGACGAUGGAGUAGUUACCAAACUAAGGGGCUGGUUUAGUGCCUGUUUGAUAAUACUGAUAAUUUAUCUUCCGCAAUCAGCUAGUGUGUAUUGUUAUUGGGGUAAUAUGGAUGCUGUCAUCGAAUGUCUUUCAAUAAACGGACCAGUAUUGAUUACAAUUGUUAAGAUUAUUAUUUUUCGGUAUAGUAGAAAAGUGUUGCAAAGAGUUAUCAAUGCGAUGGAAGAAGAUUGGAGUGUUUCAAGAAGUGAUGAAGAAUUUGCAGUUAUGCUUAAAACUGCUAAGAUAAGUCGAGCUAUUUCCGUAAUCUCUACUGCGGUCACUAACAGCCUUUUUGUAGCAUAUAUAUUUUUUAAGGAAAGCUACGAAAUGUCAAAACGAACGGACCUAGAUCCUCGAUUAUCAGUAGGACUACUUCACCCCGCGUACUUUCCUUAUGAUACAAAAAAAAUAAGAUUGUUUGUUCCUACAUGGAUAGCACAACUAAUAGCGACAUUUUUUUCAAUGACUGCAUACGCUGCUUUCGAUACAUUUAUGUCGUGUAUGGUGCUCCAUAUUUGCGGUCAAUUGGCAGUCGUUGGCAUAACGUUGAGGAAACUUAUUAAUGAGAGCACGAAAAAUAAUCCAAGGAAGUUUUGGAGCGAAUUUUCAAUAAUAGUUGAACGACACGAAAAACUAAACGAAUUAGCUAAAGUAAUUGAAGACUCAUUCAGUUCCAUACUUCUUCCACAAAUGAUUAUUUGCACUACUACUUUUUGUUUUCAAGGAUUUGCAAUGAUCUCGAGUUUCAUUAAUCCAUUGGCUGGAAAAGUAUCUGUUCUUGAAAUGUUAUUUUCAAUUGUAUACGUAAUUUACACCGUUUUACAUCUAUUUGUUUAUUGCUACGUUGGUGAUUAUUUAUCAUUUGAGAGUUCACGAAUUGGUGAAGCAUAUUACAAAGGGAAUUGGUAUAAUUUAUCUGUAGACAAAUCACGAUCAUUGAUGUUCGUUGGACAUCGCGCCCGAAGACCUUUAAAAAUAACAGCCGGGAAAUUUUGUGCGUUUUCGAGAAAUUUAUUUCUUGUAGUUCUGAAAACCAGUUUUGGGUACUUAUCUAUGUUAUUAGCAGUUAAAAAAGGAAAUCCUUCGUAA